UGGCCCGCAGUCGUGUGCUGCUGCAGAGCAAUACGUAGGAGUAACUGCGAUCUCUCCCACAAACAAUUACACUAGAUACACCUACCGCAACAAGGCUUUACCUUAAUUUACGGAUGGUGAAAUUUUCUAUCGAGUUUUUAUCGAAUAGUAAUUGUUUUAGUUGCCAGAAAGGACCUAAAGACCCGUGUUUCCUCGAAGCUAUCAUGCUGAACACAGAGGAAAGUUCCUGGUUAUCGGGGUCUCGGGUGCCCUGCUCCAUCCCUCAGUCUCCGGGGCCUCUGUGGUGCUCCGAUGCCCCUCACCCACAACUGAAGAUCCCGGGUGGGCGAGGGACUGUCAGGGAUCACUCUCUCGGCGUGCUACUACACAAGGAUGAGAAGUUAACGGUGACACAGGCAACUCCAGCGAGUGGAAACCCCUCUUUUCUCCGCUUCCACUACCAGCUGAAUGAGCGGCGCUCUGCCUUCUGGGAUACGGUUCUAUCAGGAGACAGCCUCUUCCUGGAGAUCCCUGCUGGGCAGCUAGUGGAGGGAAGCAAAGAGGGGCUAACUGCUCUGCUGGAGUUUGCAGAAGAGAAGCUCAAAGUUAACUACGUGUUCCUGUGGUUCCAUAAAAACAGAGAGGAUCGAUUGUCCAUCAUCAAGACGUUCCACUACAUGGGCUUUGAGAUUGUGAAGCCAGGCCACCCCAUGGUACCGGCCCGGCCUGAUCUGGCCUUUAUGGUUUACUCUUUGGACAACAGCAGCUCAGACGAGGAGUGACUGCCACACCGUCUCCUGACACCUCCCCCCCACGUGGUAGGAUGUCCAUGUGAGGCAGACACCCCCACCUUCCCCCUUUCCCUGAGGAUAUUUGCAGAUUGGAUAAACGGGGAGUGGCAUACUUUGAACUAAGCCAUCACAUGCAUCUUGGGAUUUGGGCUUUUUUCUUUUUUUUCUGCUUAGUUGUUUCUCUCUUGGCCACAUAAUUUUUUUUUUUUUUGCUGCCAACAAGACAAACAACAGUUUGACAUUCAGGGGAAGGUGGUGUUUUACAUUAAAAUUCAGCAAAUCUCUCCUCUGACAGAAUCGACCUUUUUAUAAAAAAAAAAAAGAGACUUUGGAUUGUCUUUGUGUGCUUUAUAUCAUGUAAGAUGUGUUUGGUUGAGAAAAGAGGAAAUUAUGGGUUUGGUAUGGUCAAUAAAAUGUAUUUUUGCAUUAUAAUA